AUGUCUGCGUCGGCAAUAUUCAUAUUGGAUUCUAAGGGAAAAGUUCUCAUUUAUCGCAAUUACAGAGAUGAUAUUGAUAUGAGCAUUAUUGAAAAAUUCCUUCCAAUCGUGAUAGAAAAAGAGGACGAAGGUCAAAUAUCACCAGUCAUCCAAUAUGAAGGAGCUAGUUUCAUAUAUGUGAAAUUUAACUAUCUUUAUCUUGUUGCAUUGACCAAACGAAAUGCAAAUGCUGCAAUUGUCUUCGCCUUUCUGUAUAGAUUAAUAAAUAUCUUUCUUGAGUAUUUUAAGGAUUUGGAGGAAGAAAGUAUCCGUGAUAAUUUCGUAAUCACUUAUGAACUUCUUGAUGAAAUAAUGGAUUUUGGAUACCCACAAGUAACUGAUUCAAAAAUUCUUCAGGAAUACAUAACUCAACAGAGCAGUAAAUUGGAAAUAGCACCACGACCACCUAUGGCUGUUACUAAUGCCGUAUCGUGGAGGUCAGAAACGGUUAAAUAUCGGCGAAAUGAAGUCUUUUUGGAUGUUAUUGAGAAUGUUAACCUUCUGGUGAGCUCAACGGGGAGUGUACUCCAAAGUGAGAUUGUCGGAUGCAUAAAAAUGAAGGUUUACCUCUCGGGCAUGCCCGAAUUGCGUCUCGGUGUAAAUGAUAAACUUAGAUUGGAACCUAAUAGCAAUCGGAGUAAAGCCAAAUCGGUCGAACUUGAAGAUAUCAAAUUUCACCAGUGUGUCCGCCUAUCGCGCUUUGAAAAUGAUAGAACAAUCUCCUUUAUUCCACCUGAUGGAGAGUUUGAACUCCUGUCCUAUCGUCUCAAUACUCAUGUGAAACCGUUGAUUUGGGUCGAAUCUGUCAUCGAAAAGCAUGCCCACAGCCGUGUUGAAUACAUGGUCAAAGUAAGUCGCCUCGACUUGACAAAUCUGAUAGUCUGCUAG